AUGGACAUUUCUCAGCUGAUUGAGUCCAUUAAUCAAGUCACAUCCUCCGGCAAACUUGAGAACGUGGACCCCCAACAACGAACUCAACUUUCUGAAGCUUGCGAUCGAUUGAAGCGUCAAUGUGAAUCUCCUGUGGACAAGACGAUCAAGCUUCUCUACAGUUGCCACCAAGCUAUUGCAAUUCGACUUGCUGUAGAUCUUAAGCUUUUCGAUGCGAUUGUAAAGCGCGCUUCCGAAAGUGAAGAUGGCCGAGUGCGCGUUGGCCAGCUUUCCGAAGACGUCAAGGCGGAUCCAAAAUUGGUUGGAAGGAUCAUGAAGUUCCUUGUAACCUUGGAUAUCCUCGAACAGCAUACCUCUGAUACCUAUUCCACCACACGUUUCACAGAAACCUAUGUUUCGACUUCGUGGAUGUCUGGCGCGGUGAUCUUUUUCACUCACAUGUUUCUGUUUGUUGCCAAGCUUCCGGAAUAUUUCGAGGCAAAAGGAUGGAAAAACCCAGAUGAUAUCGAGGAUUCCCCUUUCAACUUUGCGCUCGGGUCCAAGACCGGGUAUUUCGGGUACAUGUCGUCCAAGCCUUACUAUCAAAAUGCGUUCGACACGGUCAUGGCCUCACCCUACCGCCGCGAUGAAAAGAGCUGGACAGAUUUCUUCCCCGUUGAGGAGAAGUUACGCGUGCAGAGUCCUUCGGAUGUGCUUCUCGUGGAUGUCGGAGGCGGUCGGGGUAAAGAUCUCCUUAGCUUCCGCGAGAGGUUCCCCAAUUUGCAAGGAAGGCUUGUUCUUCAGGAUUUGUCACAUGUAGCCGAGACAGCGGAAAUUUCCUCCGAGAUCGAGGCCCAGGUUCACAACUUCUUUGACGAACAGCCAGUCAAAGGUGCAAAGGCGUACUACCUGCGCACUGUGCUUCACGACUGGCCUGACAAGCAGGCCGUGGAAAUUCUGUCGAGAAUUCGUGAAGCCAUGGCCCCUGACUCUGUGGUCCUGAUUCAUGAGAAGGCAAUGCCGGAAACCAACAUCCCAUGGAUGGCUGCAAUUGGCGAUAUGACUAUGAUGACUGCUUUCUCGGCGGCAGAAAGAACCAAAAACGAGUGGGAGAUUCUGUUGAACAAGGCGGGGCUCAACCUCACUGGGUUCUGGAAGCCUGAUGGGACCACUGCGCAGCAACAAGUUAUCAUAGAGGGCUCAUUCCAUCCAUGCAAGGAUUGCUAG